AGUACAGGACAUAAACAUUGCCAGACAGAGACACGUUGACGGGCCUCAGGGCUGGAUGUGUUACCUGACCGUUAUAAUGUAUUAUCCUCUUGAGAAAACCGAACUUAGGUGCUGAGAAAAAUGGCAGGCUUCCAGGAGCCACCACUCAAGAAGCCCAAAACCGAUGUGAACUUUGUAUUUAACUCCCACCUGCCAGUACAACAGAGUCCAAUAAGAGGUGUCAAUGGACAUUUCAACAAUAAACAACAUGCUGGUAAUUUCUUGUUUCCCAAAGGUCCUGCAACUUUCAAGCCAAAAGUCCAGGGUAAUGGAGCCAACAGAAACACUAAAAGUUCCGACCAGUUGAAGAUCCUUAAGCAAAGACACGCUCUGCCGAUAUUUCCUGCCCGGCCAAGGUUACUGAAAGAGUUGAAGAAAAAUGAUGUUGUUAUUGUUAUCGGUGAAACGGGAAGCGGGAAGACGACGCAGAUCCCUCAGUAUUUACACGAGGAGCGGUUGGAUCGCAAGGGAGCCAUCUGCGUCACUCAGCCUCGGAGAGUGGCGGCCAUUACCAUAGCCAAAAGGGUGGCUGAGGAGAUGGACACUAACUUGGGUGAACUGGUGGGAUAUUCAGUUCGUUUUGAGGAGUCUGUAUCCCCGAGCACAAAACUUAAAUACAUGACAGAUGGCAUGUUGCUGAGGGAAGCUAUCUCCGACCCUCUGCUCAGUAAAUACAGUUGGGUUAUAGUGGACGAGGCCCACGAGCGGACCGUCAGCACAGAUGUUUUGUUUGGCAUUAUUAAAGAUGCUCAGAAGAGUCGGAAAGCUUUUGCGAAAUAUCCUUUGAGAGUAAUUAUCAUGUCAGCCACAAUGGACGUUGAUCAUUUUAGUAACUAUUUUAAUAAGUGUCCUGUGUUGUACAUAGAAGGUCGGCAGCAUCCGAUAGAGAUGUUCUAUGCCAGAGAAAAACAGGAGGAUUAUGUACUGGCUGCCAUGAGUACAGUGAUUCAGAUACAUAAAGAAGCUCCUCCACAGCAUGACAUAUUAGUGUUUUUAACCGGCCAGGAAGAAAUUGAUGCUGUGGUACAUAACAUCCGCCUGAUUGCUAAAGACAACAGCUUAGCGGAGUUCCCCAAAAUAAGAGUUCAUGCACUGUAUGCAGCCUUACCGGCACAUCAGCAACUAGAUGUCUUUAGAGCAACAGCUGCUGGGGAGAGAAAGGUGAUUAUCAGCACUAAUAUUGCAGAAACUUCCAUAACAAUCCCUGGAGUGCGCUACGUUGUUGACUCGGGACGAGCAAAAGUACGUAAUUAUCUCCCUGGAAGUGGGUUUGAUGUCUUGAAGGUGAAAAAGAUAUCUCAAGCUCAAGCGUGGCAGAGAACAGGUCGUGCUGGCAGAGAGACGUCAGGCUUUUGUUAUAGAGCGUACACUUUAGAGGAAUUUAAUGCCAUGGCUGUUAACCCGGUGCCAGAAAUUUUGCGGUCAAAUAUGUCCAGUGUGAUCUUACAGCUUCUAGCAAUGGGUAUAAAGAAUAUAUUGACUUUUGACUUUAUAGAUAAGCCAAGUACAGAGUAUGUCCAGCAAGCAGUGGAACAACUCACGUUACUUGACGCUGCUAAGGUGGUAAAGUCUGACAUGCUUGAAUUAACAGAAACAGGGAAGAAGAUGGCACAGUUCCCCCUUGACCCACGUUAUGCUAAAAUCCUUCUCAGUGGACCAGAUUAUGGCUGUACAGAUGAGGUCCUGACAAUUGUGGCUAUUUUAUCCAGUGAAUCUAUAUACACAAACCCCAGCGGGAAGAAGGAAGCUGCCGUAAAUGCUAGACGCAAGUUUUCCUCUGUAGAAGGAGACCACAUCACCAUGCUUAAGAUCUACCGAGCCUUCAAAGCUUCCAAAGAGAAUAAGAUGUGGUGUCAUGAAAACUUCCUCAACUACCGCAACUUGAGUUACACCGUUGAGGUGCGGAAGCAGUUAGUUCAGGUGUGCCAGAGAUGCGGCAUAUCAAUUGUCUCAUGCCAACAGAACUUGGAUUCUGUUCGAAGGUGCAUAAUUGCCGGCCUCUUCACUAAUGUUGCAGAAUUACAAUUGGGUGGUAAAUAUCUAACUUUAGACUCAAGGCAAGAGGCAGCACUUCACCCAGCAUCUGUCUUGUUUGGUGGGAAGCCCGCCUAUGUCCUUUUCACUGAACUCGUCCACACAGGUAAAACGUACAUGCACAUCAACUCUGCAGUAGAUGCUCAGUGGCUGUUUGAAACUGCACCGGAAUACUUCAGGAAACGUCACAUUAAAAUUUAAAUAAAUCCUCAAA